GGAAAUGGUGACGUCAUCCACCAUGAGACCUGCGGCGGAGCUUGCUAACAGGAUCGGCCGCGAGCUUCUCAAGGUCUCUUCAACCUCUCGGACAUGGACUCCAACGAUGGAACAUACUCUCCACAGUCUCGGCUUCCGUCACUCAAUAAGCCCUACUCUCGUCUCUCGAGUCAUCGACCCUUUCCUCCUAAACCACCAUUCCUUAGCUCUCGGGUUCUUCAAUUGGGCCGCCCAGCAACCCGGUUACACCCACGACUCCAUCUCUUACCACUCCAUCUUCAAAACCCUCUCCCUCUCUCGUCAAUUCUCCGCAAUGGACGCUCUCUUCAAACAGGUCAAAACCCAGAGAAUCCUCCUCGAUUCCUCAGUGUAUCGCUCCCUCAUCGACGCGCUUAUAUUAGGGAAGAAAGCUCAGAGCGCGUUUUGGGUUUUGGAAGAAGCUCUCUCGACGGGUCAGGAGAUGAAUCACGAUGUGUGUAACCGUCUAUUGGCUGCGUUAACGUCUGAUGGGUGUUUUGAUUAUGCGCAGAAACUGUUCGUUAAAAUGCGUGAGAGAGGUUUAUCUUUCAAUACACUUGGAUUUGGUGUGUAUAUAGGAAGCUUUUGUAGAAGUUGUGAUACGGGUGAGCUCUUGAGACUUGUGGGUGAGGUUAAAAAGAGUAACUUUAACAUCAAUGGAUCCAUUAUUGCGCUUUUGAUUCUUCAUGGUCUUUGUAAAUGUUCGAGAGAGAUGGAUGCUUUUUAUAUUUUGGAAGAGCUGAGAAACAUUGAUUGCAAACCGGAUUUUAUGGCUUAUAGAGUCGUGUCUGAAGCGUUUGUAGUGACUGGGAAUCUGUAUGAGAGACGGGUUGUUUUGAAGAAAAAGAGAAAGCUUGGAGUAGCACCUAGGAGCAGUGAUUACAGAGAAUUUAUAUUGGAUUUGAUCUCUGCUAAACGUUUGAUGGAGGCUAAGGAAGUGGCUGAGGUGAUUGUGAAUGGAAACUUCCCCAUUGAUAAUGAUAUCUUAGACGCGUUAAUCGGAUCUGUCUCUGCGGUUGAUCCAGAUUCUGCUGUUGGAUUCUUGAAUUUCAUGGUGGUAAACACAGGGAAAAUGCCUGCAAUUCGGACUCUGAGCAAGUUGAGUAAGAAUCUUUGCAGGCAGGACAAGAGCGACCUUCUGGUUAAGGCUUAUGAGGUUUUGUCAAGCGGAGGCUAUUUUUCAGACCCUGAGAGUUACAGUCUGAUGAUAACGUUCUUGUGCAAGGCCGGGAGAGUUAGAGAAGGUUACAGUGCUCUGCACGAAAUGAAGAAGAAAGGGCUUGAUCCAGACGUUUCACUCUAUAACGCUCUCAUUGAAGCUUGUUGCAAAGAGGAAAUGAUCCGUCCAGCGAAGAAACUGUGGGAUGAGAUGUUCGUAGAGGGAUGCAGAAUGAAUCUGACGACUUAUAAUGUACUUAUCAAGAAAUUGUCAGAGGAAGGGGAAGUAGAUGAGUCGUUGAGGCUGUUUAAGAAGAUGGUUGAGAAAGAGAUAGAACCAGAUGAAACAAUCUAUACGUCUCUUAUUGAAGGUCUAUGCAAGGAUACAAAACUUGAAGAUGCUUUGGAAGUCUUCAGAAAGUGUAUGGAGAAGGAUAAAACAGUUGCGAGAAGGGUAUUGAUCACGUUUGUUUUAAAACUAUGCAGCAACGGCCAUUUUGGUGAGGCUUCUCAGCUGCUGCGCGAGAGAGAACAUUUGGACCACACAGGUGCACAUGUAGUGUUGCUGAAGUGUGUGGCUGAUGCGAAAGAGGUAGAGAUUGGAAUCAAACAUAUGAAAUGGAUCAAAGAGGUGUCGCCGUCUCGUGUUCACACCAUUUGUUCUGACUUGUCGGCGUCUUUCUGUUCAUCAUCUGAUCCUGAUUCCAUUCUUCCGUUCAUUCGUGCACUUGAGCACACAUAAUUACACCAAUAAACAUUACAUGUCUAUGUAAGGGAAGAAAUACUGUGAAGCUAUUGGAUCCGCAUUCAAGUGCACUAAUUAUAAUAUGCAGAUAAGCAUAAGUCACAUCAAAGUGGAUCAACUGACCCCAACAAAACUGGUGACCAAUACGGGUCCUAGCAGUCUCGUAACCCAAAGACCUAAAAGGAGAAUAGGAGAAUAGGCGG